AAUUACGCUGAACUGAAUCUUCUACGUCAAAAUCAUUUCUAAAACCCUAGACAAAACCCGAGCUUUUCCCCCAAAUUCCACACAAACGCAAUAACAAUGGCUUGGCGUGGUUCGCUUUCCAGAUCUCUCGUCUCCACGGCAAGGGCUUCCGCCUUCCGCUCUUCGCCGCCACUCUCAGCUCCAACCCGCCUCCUUCCUUCCCCGAUCGUCGCCCCUCGCCUCCGGCCCCGCCGCUUCUCCUUCUCCAACCCCAGGACAUUGGGGGAACUUGGAUGUGCGCAUUCAUUGCUUCCACUGAGUAGCAUGGCGGGAGUACAUCUGACUUCACAUUUGGCUCUCAACGUUCGGGCUUUCUGUGAGCUGUCCCAUGGUACUUGAACGUAUUUUUGGUUCUUGCGCAAAAAGAGCUCAAAGAUCUGGGUCUUGUUCAUUAGGGGUGGAACUUUCCCUCAUUACAUAGGAAAAACGAAUAAAGAUAUGGCAUUCCCUUCUUUCCUCCUUGCCUUUGCAGACUGAAUUGCAUUUACUUGCUUAAUAUCUUGAAUUCCGAGACACUCAAACUGCUGCAUUUUUCACGCAUGCAUAUAUGCUUGACCUGUAUAUUAAGAUUUGAUUCAUCACGCUCUUUCAAA